GAAUUCUUAAAGGUUUACGAAUUUUAUGAACCUCGGAGGUAAACGUGUCCCCAGGCUAUUGCGCACAGCCAUAUCGGAGACUAGCCCACAGCUGGAUUUAAAUUUAUGCGUUGUCUUUUUCACACUUUGACCUUUUUCACUCGGAUUUACAAUGGGUCAAAAUCAGCAAGCUCAGUCAAACAGCGAAGAAGAGUUGGAAAUAUCGACAAUUCAAGACCUCUACAGGAGGUUCAUCAAUGAGUGCCCCAGCGGUUCGUUGCACUUGCACGAGUUCAAAAGGAUGUUUGGGGUUCAAAACGAUAAUUCGCCAGAAUCGCAAUACAUGGAGGGCAUAUUCAGUGCGUUUGAUAUGAAUGGGGACAACACCAUGGAUUUUAUCGAGUAUGUUGCUGCGCUAAACCUUGUGCUUCGAGGACGGCUCGAGGAUAAACUCAAGUGGUCUUUCAAGGUGUUUGACAACGAUGACAAUGGACGACUGGACAGGCACGAGCUGAGAAUAAUUAUAAGGAUCAUCUACAAGAUAAAGAAAGGUUCUGUCAGUGACGAGGCAGGCCAAAUCCACCUUACACCUGAAGAGGUUUGUGACCGUAUCUUCCAGAAAGUUGACGAGAAUGGUGACGGUCAGAUAACUCUGGAGGAGUUUGUGGAGGGGGCAAAGAGAGACCCCUGGGUACAAAAACUCAUACGCCUGGAUAUCAACCCCAGUUACUGGGUCCACCAGCACUUGAGUGACAGAAAACUCCAGAGUCCAAAACGAUGAACUAAAAUGUCAGACAGGGAGGAAGAGGACAUUGGUUCUCUCUAUUAAAGAGGAUCUGAACCAAAACAAUAACUUCUCUGGUUGAAAACGGCCUGUAUUCAUUAUCAUCGACUCUACUCCCAUAAUAGGAUAACAAUAGGAUGAUCAUAAAGUCAGUAUCUCUCAAAAUGGGGAUUUGCUAGAUUUAGGAAAUUAAUGACGUUGCCAAAUCCUUGGAUAUUUGAGGAUUGUGUAUGGAUUUCAAUUAUUCCCAGCAUACUCACUCUCCGAGGAGUCAGAAGAAAGCGGAUGUUUCCAGUUUUCAUGGAUACAGUAUUUUCAACUUCCAUUUCCCCUGAAAAACGGAUGUGGGGACUUCGCUCAGGGAUCUUUUUGCACCUGCUGCAUUAGGUUAGAGUGUCCUGCAUGAUAUCCAAUUGUAGCAGCAGAAUCAACCUACAGGCCAUUUCUUUACAGACAGCAGAAAUUCCCAAUUGAGUCAUUAGCAUACAUCGCCUCAGGACUUAUUUGAUUGAGACCUUCUCCCACAGUGGGUUUUGAGAAAGAGGCGAGGAGAGAGGACACGAAGAGUAUGCAUUUGACAUUCUCCCAUUCAAUUUGUCGGGACAUGCUCUGCAAGGUGUCGAAAGCGUUCCACAGCAGUGUUGGCCCAUGUUGACUCCAAUGCUUCCCAAGUUGGCUGGAUGUCCUUUUAGUUGGUGGACCAUUCUUGACACACAAGGGAAACUGUUGAGUGUGAAAAACCCUGCAGCGUUGCAGUUCUUGACACAAACCGGUGUGCCUGACACCUACUACAAUAUCCUGUUCAAAGGCACUUAAAACUUUUGUCUUGCCCAUUCAUCCUCUGAAUGGCACACGUACACAUUUCUUGUCUCAGUUGUCUCAAGGGUUAACAAUCCUUCUUUAACCUGUCUCCUCCCCUUCAUCUACACUGAUUGAAGUGGAUUUAUAUGUCAUGGAAAGAGAAGGUGUCCUUAAUGUUGUGUGCACUCUGUGUAUAUGCCAAUAUCAAAAUAAAUGCAAUACAUUUUUUAUAACAUUAAGAUAAGAAUUGAUACUGUAGUACAUACCCAGAUAGCACUUUUGGUUCCUUGGAAGUUGUGGAAACAUGUGUUUUUGGUUUCCCAUUAGUUCUGGGAACGAAGCCAUAUGUUUCCUGACCGGUACACCUGAAUAUUUUUUAAAUGUUCUGAGAAUGAAAAUAAAAAUGUAUCCUGUUCAGGGAACGUUCAUUUUUAGGUUGAAGGGAGGUUCUGAGAACAUCUUACUAUGGUUCACUAAAAGUUUUCCUGGGAGGUUUUAUUAACGUUCUGAGAACAGAAAUUAUAGUUUAUUUGAAGAUAAUAAAAUAAUGCUCUGAGAACAUGUUUCAAUAAGACUUAAUCAUAUAAACACAUUCAUUUUUUAUUGUGGCACGGUGUCAGAUUCAAACCUAUGAUCUUCUGUUCUCUAUUCAUGGAAUUAUUCCACUGUGCCACAAGGAUGGCGCUAUCAUGCCUUGUUUUUCUUUACUCAUACAAAGCAGUUCAAUUUAGUCUAUUCAAACAGACCCCCAUUUCAAAGGAAACAAGCACUCAUUAAGUUCAGGUGUGGCCAAUUAGUGGGCACAGCCAACACACCUGAACACACUUAACAAGAUAGAGGCUAGAGGGAGUUUUGUUGAUGCUGAGAACAUAAUGUAUAUGUUGUUAAAUAACAUUCUUAGAAUGUUCUUUGAACGUUACUAAUGUUUUCUUAAUGUUCUGAGAACAUGACUUUAAAUAGAACCCUGAGAAAACCUUUAGAAAACGUUAUGCUGAAGUACUGAAAUUCCCACCCAAGAAACAUGGUUCUCAGAACAUUAUGUGCAACCAGGGUAUCCCAUCAGCAUUCCCAGAACCCUGAGGGAAGGUUGCAUGCAAUAUAACCAUAGGACAACCAUGCUCUCACCGAGCUCUAAGAAACAUAUGGUUCUCAGAAUGUUAUGUGUUAGCUGGGUACCUUACAUAUUGUAGAAACAAACAACAACAUAUACCCAAUAUACAGUAUGUCCAGGUAUAUGUGGACGUUUUCAAUAUAUGAAAUGGUAGAAACAAGUAAGCUUACCAGACAAAUAGUGUAAAUAACAGUAGAGACCACACACAGUGAGAAUGUAGCCAUUUCACAAAUCAUCUCCAGAGUUGCAGCCUGGAUAUUUCAAUUGGUCACACUUUGUUUAAAUAGUGCCUUUUUUUCACAAAUAGCCAUUUAAAUACUUGAUAACUGUUUUUGCUGGCAAUUGAGUCAUAAGAGAUGGUUGGUGGAAGAUAAUUCACAAGAAGUUCAGGUAAAUUAUCUUUGAAUACGGAGUACUGAUAUUUAAUAUGCUUUAGAUAUGUUUUGAAUUUAGUUUUGAAUCUUCAAUAUUUUAGAAUCUUGAAAUGUGUUCUUGAUUUUGAAUUCUUAAUAAGUGCCAAAUGUUAGUAUGUGGUCAUACUAAAGUCAAAAUGGUUACCAUGUUUUUACCUGGUUGUCUAUGGCACUGCAAUUGAAGCGAAAGCUUUGGAUCGACCUGUAAAACAAACCUUCUGUUAAGGCAAGUCGUCCAGGUCCUGGCUCCCGAGGCAGCAAAGCAUCCCCAAACCAUCACACUACCACCACCAUGCUUGACCGUUGGUAUGAGGUUCUUACUGUGGAUUGCAGUGUUUUGUUUUCGCCAGGCACAACGGGACCCAUGACGUCCAAAAAGUUAGAAUUUUGAAUCAACUGUCCAUAGAACAUUCUUCCAAGGGUCUUGAUGAUCAUCCAGGUGCUUCUUGGCAAACUUGAGUCAACUGUUUUGGACAACAUGGGUUUUGGAAUGGCCUAGUCGAGUUCAUGCUUGAAAACCCACAAAUGUCGCUGAGUUACAGAAGUUCUGCAACCAAGAGUGAGCCAAAAUGCCUCCACAGCGAUGUGAGAGACUGAUCAACAACUACAGGAAGCGUUUGGUUGCAGUCAUUGCCACUAAAGGUGGCACAGGCAGUUAUUAAGUGUAAGGGGGCAAUUACUUUUUCACACAGGGAAAUAGGGUGUUGAAUAACUUUGAGUUUACACAUAACAAAAAGUGUUUAUACUUAAAAUAAGUAUAAUUUUUUGGGAUAUUUGUAAACUCAGGUUCCCUUUAUCUAAUAUUAGGUUUUGGUUGAAGAUCUGACAACAUUCAGUAUCAAAAAUAUGUAAAAAUAGAGAAAAUCAAAAAGGUGCAAAUACUUUUCACUGCGCUGUGUAUCUGUUCUGCAGUUUCAAAAUGAAAGCACCUUCAGUAUCUAGUCGACACAUUUUAAGAGGUCAUAAGUAUUUGUACAAAUUCACUUAUAGUGUAUUACAUUUUGUCAAAAUGUAGUAUUUGGUCCCAUAUUCCUAGCACGCAAUGACUGCAUCAAGCUUGUGACUACAAACUUGUUGGAUGCAUUUGCAGUUGGUUUUGGUUGCGUUUCAGAUUAUGUUGUGCCCAAUAGAAAUUAAUGGUAAAUAUUGUAUUGUCAUUUUGGAGUCACUUUUAUUAUAAAUAAGAAGAGAAUAUGUUUCUGACCAGGUAUACAUUAAUGUGGAUGCUACCAUGAUUACGAAUAAUCAUGAAUGAAUUGUGAAUAAUGAUGAGUGAGAGAGUUAGAGGUGUAGGGGAGUGUAUGUAUGUUUAUUACACAAUAGUUUUUUCCAAACACAGUAUCAUACAAUCAUUGUAAUGGUAUAACUUGUGGUCCUGAUUCUUGUGCUGCUCUGAAUGGAGUGUAAGGUGUUGGGGAUUGAGAAGCUAUUUCAUGUGUUAUAACAUAUUAAAGAUCUGUCUUUAAUGCACUGGACAGGUUCUUUAUGAAUGCACACUUAACACAACUACUCAACCUGAACACGUGAGAAGGGCCAGGAUUCCUAAUUAACUAAAGGGAUGGAUAAGUGGAACUUUGGCAUCUCAGACUGGGGGGAGGAGCUUAAUGUUCUCACCUUAUGUAAAUAACUAUGUGUGUUUGACCCAGGUUACCCAGAACAACCCUAAAAC